AAAGUUUAAAGUUCAUUGGUUCCAGUAAAAAUAGGAUACAGGCUGGUUGGCUGUUUGCUUGUUACCUGGGGAGAAAAAACAAACAAGCCGGUGAGCACGGAGCGGACGAACCGGUUACCGCAGCACCGAAGACCGACAGCGGGAGCGGAGCAUGGCCCUCAGCUAGGCGGAGCCCGCAGUUGGUCUGUUAUCGGUGGAUUUAGAGAACGACGGUCAGCUGGCGGCUAAUAUUAGCUAACGUCAGUGAGCUGCAGCUAUGUUCGUCCAGGAGGAGAAGAUAUUCGCUGGGAAGGUGUUGAAAAUCCACGUCUGCACGGUGGACGGGACCGAGUGGUUGGAGGAGGUGACGGAGGACACCACCGUGGAGAAACUGAAGGAGAAGUGUUUGAAACAUUAUGUACAUGGAAAUCUAGAAGACCCCAAGACCCUCACCCAUCAUAAACUUAUUCAUGCUGCUACAGAGAGAGUCCUCACAGACACGAAGACGGUCGCUGAUGAAAAUAUCAAGGAUAAAGAUGUUUUACUGCUUAUAAAAAAGAGACCACCGCCAACCCUCCCAAAGAUGGCAGACGUAAGCACAGAAGAGAAAAAAAAACAAGAAAACAAGGCUCCAGACAAAGACGCCAUUCUAAAAGCCACCGCCAAUCUCACAACGCGCCACACUGACCGAACAGUCACCCAGCACAACAUUAGAGAUUUUCAGACAGAGCUCAGAAAAAUCUUGGUUUCACUUAUUGAAGUUGCACAGAAGCUUCUUGCCUUGAACCCUGAUGCUGUUGAGCUCUUCAAGAAAGCCAAUGCAAUGCUGGAUGAAGAUGAAGAGGACCGUGUAGAUGAAACAGCCUUGCAGCAGCUCACCGAGAUGGGUUUCCGUGAGAGCCGUGCCAUCAAAGCCCUCAGACUCAACCACAUGUCCGUGACGCAAGCGAUGGAGUGGCUGAUUGAGCAUGUGGAUGACCCUUCUGUUGACGCGCCGCUGCCAGGUCAAGACUGUUCUUCCUCUUCCACCGCAGCAGGAGCCACGGCUGCUGCCACGUCAGGACCUUCGUCGUCUGCAUCAGCAUCCGCUACAGCUUCUGCGUCUGUCAAUCGCCGCAGCCUUUCCAGUCAGUCCAGCACGGAGGAGAGCAGCAGACAAGAUGAACUCACGGAAAUUUUCAAAAGGAUUCGAAGGAAAAGAGAAUUCAGACCUGAUUCAAGAGCUGUUAUUGCGUUAAUGGAGAUGGGUUUCGAUGAAAAAGAGGUGAUUGAUGCUUUAAGAGUCAACAAUAACCAGCAGGAUGCUGCGUGUGAGUGGCUGCUGGGAGACAGAAAACCUUCUCCAGAAGACCUAGACAAAGGCAUUGAUACCAACAGCCCACUGUUCCAGGCCAUUCUGGAGAAUCCAGUGGUCCAAUUGGGUUUGACCAACCCCAAAACUUUACUUGCAUUUGAAGACAUGCUGGAGAACCCUCUGAACAGCACCCAGUGGAUGAAUGACCCAGAGACUGGCCCUGUAAUGCUCCAAAUAUCCAGAAUCUUCCAGACCCUCAAUCGCACAUAGAGCCUGCUUCUCUCUGACCCCGUGUGUGUGUGACUGGCAGCUUGCGUGUGUCUUCACCAUAUAAGAAAGCGUGUCUAUGAAUGUGUGUGUUCGUGUGUCUUAAUGUGGCAGAGACAAAAGUAUUGUUUAUGCCUUGUGAAAACAAAAUUUAGUGUUACACACAUAAAUAUUUAUAACAGUACCAUAAAAAAAAUAUACAAACGUGAAACAUUAUUAUUGAGACAAUAGUAAUAAUUAAAUAUUUACCAAGUUUUUACAUUUUAUGGAGGAAUUUGUAAUUUUUGACAGACAUGAUUUAUUUUGUAUAAUUUCUCCAUUGGAUAUAAAUUUUAUGUUGGCGCCUCAAAGAAAACCUUUUUCUAUGUUUUGCAAUAUUUAAAUAUCGAUUGUCUGUUGUUGCGUUUUGUCUGUGGUGAUUGUUUAUUUUUCCUCUCCCCGUUGAGAUCUGGGCGUGAAGUGGCUCGCAUAUCUUCAGAUACCUCUUUCUCCAUUUGACUGUGAGAGCCCCCGAGGUUGCUGUUCGUCGAGCGUUUCUCUCGAACCGACGUGUGAGCAUCUUCUCAGCUAUUUAUCUGACUUUCUUGCCUUUUAGAGAACGGCUCUAUGUAAUCGGAUUCUUUCUCGUGAUGUUUUUACAAGAGAGAUGGAAUAUCGGCCCGUGUAUUCGUGUCAACGUGCUCGUGAAUGUCGCAUUUUUAUGAUUCACCAAGCCCUUUGUUGAAGAAAAAAACCCAUCAAAUUUGUUUGUUAAAGGCCUUUGGAUGACUGAGGAUGCAUGUUCAUCUCACCUGGCAGCACAAUGAAAAUACUAUUUGAGACGGAGCUCAUCUUUGUCAUUUGUUGCAGCGGCUCUUUACAUUAAUGAAAUCAAACCAAAAUAUGACUAUAUAACCUGCCUUGUCAUUAGAUGUGCCCAUUGAAAUUCACUGUAUUUAUCUGCAUCAGAAAUGAUAGGGGUCUAUUUCAUUUGUUACAAGUGCAAGUACAAUAUUAAACAUCACAGUAAUGACUGCAGCUUCAAGGAGAGCUUCAUCGUCCAUCGACAAGAGGAUGUGUGAGCGCCUGCGUUCGUUCGAAUAUGUUUGUUGUCCGAAACCGCCUCCUUGUUUCACUGAAAGGCUUUAAUCUGUCCACAAUAUUGUCUCUGUAUAAAGGCAUCUCAAGGCAUUGUUUUGUAAACACAAUACUGAUAAGUGUUUUACUUCAAAAGGUGUUUGAAUUGCAUAUUUAUAUCAAAGCCAAACUAGAAAUAUUAUUUAUAACACUUUGAAGGUAAUCUGCAAAUGUGAAAAAAUACCCAACUGAAUGGUUCUGAAGUUGUUUUUAUAAACCAUGAUGUGUUUGUCUUGUGAGUCACAUUAAUGGAAAAAUUUAACAAUCA